GUGGCAGUAAAUUUUCAAGCUGUCAGCAACGCACGAGCCCCUUUAUCAAAUGUCCCCACGCGACACACGAACUUUUCGGAACACCGCAGUUUAAACAUCAAAUGUUUUUCCGCAUUGGCAAUAAGCUACCUAUACAAUUAAGUCACAAUGGCUUCUUUCAAGAACUCCCUACCACCAGAUCUCUUCGACCGGACCACGCUCGUGUCCCUCGCCUCGACCCUCGCCAUCCUAGCAGUCGCCUACCUUAUAUCUCUACAAGCGCUCGACCAGAAGACGCCCGGAAGCCAUCGCUUCUUGUUUAUAUGGCACGCGUUCGACGCCCUGGUACACUUCAUCCUCGAGGGGAGCUUCCUCUACCAUUGCUUCUUCUCGUGGAUACCCCUUUCCAAAGUCGCUAAUCCACACUGGUUGGCGCCCACCGCCCAUAAUUUCCUCGGUCACUCUGAUCGCGCGUACGGCUCGCAGGCCGGCGGCAGUAACCCGUUUGCUCAGCUUUGGAUGGUGUAUGCGAAGGCGGAUCGGAGAUGGGCUGGCGCGGAUCUGACCGUUAUUAGUCUCGAGCUCCUGACCGUCUUCAUCGCCGGCCCCCUCGCUUGUCUCAUCUGCUACGGCAUCGCCAAGAAAGACCCGCGUACCAACAUCCUGCUGAUCAUAAUCGCGACCAUGGAGCUGUACGGAGGAUUUAUCACCUUCUGCCCCGAGUGGUUAACCUCGAACUACAACCUCGACACGAGCAACUUCAUGUAUAAGUGGGUAUAUCUGGUCUUCUUCAAUAUGCUGUGGGUCUUCAUCCCAGUAUAUGCGAUCUGGGUUGCUGUGAAGGAUAUCGAUCACGCUUUUGCCAUAAGGGGCAAAGUUGCGAACAAGGUUGCGAGCAAGACUACGUCGUCGUCAAAGAAAAAGUGAUUUAGUUUACAGAACCUGGUGACUUGGGGGGCAGUUUCUAGGAGUAUAUUAGUCCUCAAACUUCGGCGUGCAGCCGACGUCUGUAGAUGUUGGCAUUGAUGCUAUAGUAUGAUACCCAUCUUAGCUAUUACUUGCUACUGACAGUUGAGAUAGGUAGUAUUAAGAGUUCACAGUUUAU